AGAGACCACAGACUUUGCCCCUUCCUCCUGUCCCCGAUGAUCUUGCAGUGCUGGAUCAGCUCCUUCAGCCUGAAGACGGUGGGACUCGGCCGCUGCGAUGAAGGUUGAAUUUGCACCUCGCCGCAUCCCUUUGCAGAGGAGGCUUCAAACGGCUUCAGUUCUUCAAUGGGUCUUCAGCUCCUUGUGCCUCGCUCAGUGCUGCAUCGCCAUCUUCGUCUUCCUCCUCUUCACCCGCUUCUGGCUGAUCAGCGCUGUCUACGCCGUGUGGUGGGCCUUGGACUGGGACACCCCAAACAAAGGCGGGAGGAGAUUCCGCUGCGUCCGGAAUAGCAUCGUCUGGCGAUACAUGAAGGAUUAUUUCCCCAUCACGCUUGUGAAGACGGCAGAAUUGGAUCCGGCCAAGAAUUACAUCUUUGGUUUCCAUCCUCACGGCAUCUUGGUGGCUGGUGCGUUUGUUAAUUUCUGCACCGAAGCAACAGGCUUUUCCAAACUCUUCCCCGGACUGACCUCUCACAUGAUGAUGCUGAAUCUGUGGUUUCGGGCCCCCUUUUUCCGGGAUUAUCUGAUGAGUGGAGGUAAGCAAACUCAGAAGGGAUCUCUCAUGAAUUGGGAAUCUUCUGAAGGAGGUAGAGAUGGGGAUCUCUUGAAAGCUUCUCCCAAUCCAGAGGGAGCUGGAGAUCCUUUGGGAAGGCUGACAAAUGUUGCUCUCGCCAAAUGGUUCUUGCUGGAGAAAAAUCUAAAAGGCUUCGUUCGGCUGGCCAUAGAGCAUGGCACGGCGCUGGUCCCCGUGUUUUCCUUUGGAGAGAAUGAGCUGUUUGAUCAAGUCGAAAACCCCAAAGGGUCCUGGCUGAGGUGGACCCAACAGCAUUUGCAGAAGAUCAUGGGGAUCUCCUUGCCUCUCUUCCACGCCAGAGGGAUCUUCCAGUACACCUUCGGAUUUAUGCCCUACCGGCGGCCCAUCUACACCGUGGUGGGAAAACCCAUUCAGGUUAAGAAGAAGCACAACCCCAGCCAAGAGGAAGUCGAUUUGCUCCACAGCAGAUACCUGGAGGAGCUCUGCAAGCUGUUUGAGGAGCAUAAAUUGAAGUACAACGUGCCAGAGGACAUGCAUCUCACCUUCAUAUGAGACGUGGAAACCACGAACCACACAGCGUCUUUGGCACUGGUGGCAAAGAACAUCAAACCCGCGAGUGACAAGUCAAACAGGAAGAACUCUCUUUUCCACCUGGCGGCUGUGAACCUGCUUUUUUCUCGCCCGUGUCCUCUGUCAGUCCCUUCUUCUCGGCCGUGAGAAUCAGCGAUGCCUACCCAGCGAUGUCAGCCCUCCUCAUCCUUUGCUGUAGGCCGACAAACAAUUGAUCUGGAUUUGACUUCACGUUGAUUUGGCGCAUUGCCCCCAGCUUGGGAGGGUGGGGAUAAAAUAGGUUUUGGAGUUCAAAAGAGCAUCUUUGGCACCGGAAGACUGUUGUCCAAACUCGAACAAGGAUUGGAAGAAAAUGAGCAAUAGACAAUUUAGCAGAAACAAAUUGCAUUCAACAGGGAAUCUGUGUAAUGUAGUGUUUUUUAA